UUUACAGGUGACGGCAGCGUGGAGAGGUUGCUCGGGUGAAGACAGUGCCUGGCAGACAUCAUGGCUUCCUUGUCCAGGGUAAUGAUGGGUGUGGCGAGGUGCAGCCAACUGGCCAGGCGCUCCCUCUCCUCCACGUGUCAGAGGCUUCACUACAAGGAGGAGCCUCCAUAUCUAGAUGCGGGAGGACCUGAGGUGCCGGACUACCCUCUGGUUAACGUCCAGAUCAAAGGCUACGACUUCACUGUCCUGGAGCACUACGGCAAGUGGAUCCACAGCACGGCUCUCAACAUGGGCAUUGAUGUGGAGGACGGAUGGGCCACGCCUUGUGAGAAGCAACACAUCCAGACCUUCAAACCAAACACCAACAAAGUGGAGGCUGAUUACUACCUGCAGAUCUAUGAGCGGAAUAUACAGAUGGCAGACCUCCCCUCUAUAAUGGCUCCUGUGUUCCUGGAGGUGGUGCAGGCUGGGCUGCCUCAAGGUGUUGAACUCAACGUACAUGAACACCAGCCUGAGUACACUGAGAUCCGGUACAUCCCAGACCUGGAGCUACGAGGCCUGUACAAUCAACUCGGUGAUCUGGGCGGCCCCAGCAGGAAAUGAAGGAGGUGUGAUGCAUCUGUGUUCUGAAUGAAGAGUUGACUUUGUUUGUUUAUCAGAUCAGAAUGUUGUUCUGAGUACUGAGGCCAAAAUUUGUGUGUGUGUGUGUGUGUGUGUGUGUGUGUGUGUGUGUGUGUGUGUGUGUGUGUGUGUGUGUGUGUGUGUGUGUGUGUGUGUGUGUGUGUGUGUGUGUGUGUGUGUGUGUGUGUGUGUGUGUGUGUGUGUGUGUGUGUGUGUGUGUGUGUGUGUCUUUGCCUUAUUUUCACUGCUUCCUCUUUCAAAGGAAUGGGAUUCUGUUUUGAAAUUAUUUGACAUCUCAUCUGCUAUAUUUAUCAGGCUGCAUUUCAAGUUAGUGGGGUUUCCAAGGGUGUUUUAAUGAUUCUAUUGAUAAUUUAGCAGAAGUGUAAAUAUGUACAGGUGUCUCUGUGAGUUUAUAGACAGUGUUUGAUCAAAAUAUUGAGGUAGAAAGAUAAAGUGAGAAUAUGAA